UGAAAAAUAUUAAUGUAGUCGCUUAUUUACUGGACGAACGUAGCUUUCAUGCAAUAGACUCUUACACUUGUUAAUAUUUCACCUCUCAUCUAAACAAUUCGUUACACAAAAUGAUUAAGCCAUAAUCAUUGAUUAUUUAUUCUUCCUUGCCUUGGUGUCCUUCUUUCAUCGUCUAAUUAGUAUCAUCAAGAGCUCAGCUUCUAAUCACACAGUCCAGUAUACUACUAGCUAGCCACAACUCUGAUGUUGACUUUGUACAGUCAAGAUAGCUCAUCAACAGAGAUCACCACCACGACUACCGAUGCUUCCGAUAGCCGGGACGAGACUCCACCGUCUGAGACCGUCGUGAGAGAUAUUCACGCUAUGACGACCACCGAGCUUCCACGUCCACAGCAAAGAGGAGGACACUUGUCUCCGACGAGGUCUGUGAACUUUAGCGACGGAGCUUCUUCUGCCGGAGAGAACUUCACCACGGUGAGCAGAGAGUUCAACGCUCUAGUCAUCGCAGGCUCUUCCAUGGACAACAACAACAACAGCAACGGGAACAACCAAUCCAUAAGUCAUCGUGACGUCAUAAACGAGCUGACUAGGAUCAGUGAAGAUGAAGACGGUGGUGGUGGUGAUCAGCAUCAUCAGGUGCCUGAAGAAGAUACAAACCCGUGGGCGAUCGUACCGGACGGUUAUGAUAACCGGGCCGGUUCGGAGAAUAUUGUGACCACGACUUCAUCAAGUGGUCAGAAUCGGAUGGUGACGGCUGCCUCGGUGCAGAGGGUGAAGAGGGAUGAGGUGGAAGCAAAGAUAACGGCGUGGCAGACGGCGAAGCUGGCUAAGAUUAAUAAUAGGUUUAAGAGACAAGAGGCUUUUAUUAACGGUUGGUUAAAUGAGCAGGUCCAUAAAGCUAACUCUUGGAUGAAGAAAAUCGAGAGGAAGUUGGAAGAAAGGAGAGCAAAGGCGAUGGAGAAAACACAGAACAAAGUGGCCAAAGCUCAGAGGAAGGCGGAGGAGAGGAGAGCGAUGGCGGAAGCAAAAAGAGGAACGGAGGUUGCUAGGGUUCUUGAAGUCUCUAAUCUCAUGAGAGCCGUGGGAAGACCUCCGGCCAAACGUUCAUUUUUCUCUAUCUCCUAGCUAAGCGACGUUUCAUUCCAUCUCCAAGUAUUUCUUUUUCUUGUGUAUAAUAAUAUAUAUGCUACAAACGUACCAUAUUCUACUGGGAAUCAAUGUGUAUAAAUAGAAUGUAAUAUCUAUUGUAUGUUUUCCACAUAAGAUAGCAAUACAUGUAUAGGUUUGUCA